AUGUUUGCUUAUUUCAUCCUACCAUGGAUCUGUGUUUUCUUCUUUAUUCUCUGUCUCAAAUUUCGGAGACCCAAGAAUUUUCCUCCAGGUCCUACUCCAUUACCCAUACUGGGGAACCUUUUGAACCUCAGCGUGCACAACCCUAUGAGAGACUUGGAGAGGCUGAGGAAGUCCUAUGGAAACGUCUACAGUCUCUUCAUCGGACCCAAACCCAUUGUAGUCAUCAGUGGGGUGCAGGCCCUGAAGGAGGCUAUGUUGACCAAAGGUGUUGACUUUGUUGGACGGCCCCAAGACAUUUUUGCCACUCACCUCACUGAGAACAGACUAGUUCUGGCGGACUACGGUCCUAGCUGGAAGGAGCAGCGUCAUUUUGCUGUGACGACGUUGUGGAAUUUUGGCCUUGGGACAGAGUCAAUGGAGCAAAGGAUUCUACGAGAGCUGCAUUUCACAAUGGAAACACUGGAAAAGAGCAUCGGUUCAACGAUGAAUCCUCAAUCUUUGUUUUCUAAUCUGGCCUCCAACAUCAUCAGCCUCAUUGUGUUUGGUACUGUGGUUAUCCAGAACAUGAAGUCAGUACUGAACGAGGAAGGACAGUGGAAAUGUCCUCAUGAAUUCAACCCUGAAAACUUCCUAAGUGACGAGGGAGAGUUUGUCCAGCCAGAGGCCUUCAUGCCUUUCUGUGCAGGUCCUCGCAUGUGUCCUGGAGAGCGUCUGGCUCAGAUGAAGUUCUUCUUCAUCAUUGUGACCCUGCUGAGGAAGUUCAAGUUCAUCUGGCCUGAAGAUGCAGGAGAGCCAGACUACACCCCCGUGAUGGGAGUCACUCUGUCUCCUCACCCAUACCGCAUAAAGGUCCAACUCAUGACCACACAGUACAUUAUCUUUGUUCACACAGCAGGAGACACUAACAGUGACAUCACACCCAUUUGUAUUGACGAAUGUGGCCCCCCCGAUGUGACCGUGCCCAGAUUGAAUCUGGCCGAACACUCAGCGCUUCAGAUGAAAGAAGUUUUCCUUUUGUGA